AUGUAACAUCCUGCAGGCCCUGGAUAGACAAGGUGAGCGAUACAUAAGGCCACGGCACCACCGACUCUUGGACGUUUAUACUCUAGAGCUUAUGUACUCCUAGUAGCACAUCCUUACAAGCUCCGAUCACGCAAUGUUAUACUACGCUUUUACUACCUUGGCCGUCAUAUCAGCGGCCUUGGCUCUGCCAACCGAAGAGUCGCAAUGUCCUCGUACUGUUUGCGUUGAUGGCGUCAACAGUUGUGGUGUUCGCUACGGGAGCUGUUAUGAUGCAUGUACAGCAUCUCUUCUUCCCACUGCUCCGAGCUGUAGUGUUUCUACUUCUUCCAUUUCGACGGAAAAUUGCAGCACCCGGACUGUGUGUGCUGAUUAUGUCAACGAUUGUGGCAUUUGGUAUGGCGGGUGUUUCCCAGACUGCACCCCGUGGCCAACCUUCACAGCUCCGCCAUGUACUACUACCAGUGCACCAUCGAUAACUCCUACCACUAUCACAAUACCACCCACCACGGACUGCCACACCCAGACUAUAUGUACUGACUACAUUGAUGAUUGUGGUAAGCGACUUCUGGCAUCGAACUGCCCCCGUGGUGUGAUCCGGGAGUGCAUGCCCCUUAUAUGGGGUGUUGGGCUUUAACAGCAACACGCAAUGCCUCUAAAAGAAUGUCAAAGAGAUAGAAAUGCAGUAAUCACUAACUUUCGCGGGAUGUUACAGGUCAAACAUAUGGCGGCUGCUUCUCCGCCUGUACGGUGAGUCAUACCUGUUGGGUUUUCUUCUUCAAGGACAUGCGAGUUUUACUGUCUCACUCUACCACCAUCCGAAGGGGUCC